UCACUUCGCAGUGGUUUAGAAACCCUCUGAACAUGAAACUUCUCUCCAUUAUUUCCUUGUGGGCUUUUUUCGAAAGCUGUGGUGGACAAUCACGCGUUUACCUGAUUACGGCACCCAAGAUCCUCAGAGUCGGAGCAUCUGAGACUGUGGUGGCUCAAACAUAUGGAUACAAUCACGAGUUUGCGAUCUCAAUUAGUUUAAAAAGUUACCCCGAUAGGAGAACAGUUUACGCAGAAACAGUACUGAUACUAAAUGAGAGCAACAAAUUUCAAGCAGCCUCCACACUGACCAUCUUGCCAAAAGCCUUUCCCAUAAGUAAAGAUAAACCACAAUAUGUGUACUUAGCAGCAUCCUCGUCAGAUUUCACAAAGGAAGAAAAGGUGCCAGUGUCUCACCAGAACGGACUGCUCUUCAUUCAGACCGACAAACCCGUUUACACACCUGACCAGUCAGUGAAAAUUAGAAUCUAUUCUCUGAACGAAGAACUCAAACCAGCUAAAAGACCAGUUUUGAUUACUUUUAAGGACCCAGAAGGAGUAAAGGUUGACUAUGUUGAAUCUGAGGACGUCACUGGAAUAAUCUCAAUACUCGACUUCAAGGUUCCACCUAACCCUAAAUACGGCCUGUGGAAAAUAGAAGCCAAGUACAAAAGUGACUUCACGACAUUCACUUCAACAAAAUUUGAGAUCAAAGAAUACGUGUUACCAACCUUUCAGAUCUCUAUCAAGCCAGAAAAGAACUUCAUAUCCUUUGAUGAAUUUAACAGUUUCAAAAUUGAUGUGAUGGCAAGUCAUUUUCAUGGAGAAAAAAUACAAGAUGCAAAUGUCUUUCUGCACUUCGCGAUUCUUGAUGAACAUGGAAGCAAACAGCUGAUGCCAAAAGCUGCAAUGAUGAAGAUGCUGGAGAAUGGGCAUGUAACUGUAGAUUUCGACGCAGAAUAUGCGACUAAAUCGAUAGAAAUAGACAGCCUUGCAGAUCUUCACAAUAGAUUCUUGCACAUUGGGGUAACGGUUCUCGACACUUCAGCCGGCAUUACUGAAGACGCUGAAUACUCAGACAUUAUAUUCACCAGAUCACCGUAUAAAAUCACUUUGGUAGCAACUCCUCUGUUUGUGAAACCUAAUCUACCAUAUCACAUCAAUGCCCAAGUUAAAGACAUGAAGGGAUCUCCGGUGCGGAACCUUAAAGUGUUUAUUUCAGCAACGAACGUUUUUGACGACAGGAGCGAGGACAGAGAGAGAGACAGCGCAACGAGGAUCACUCAGAGUGAUGGGACAAUUGAAUUUCUGCUGGACAUUCCAACACACAUUAAAGAAUUGAGAUUCAAGAUUGGAAUUGAGUCCGAUGAAGGCAACUUCAAACCCAGAGAAUACACCGCAAAACCUUACCGCUCUGAAACCGAGAGUUACCUGUACAUUAACUGGGCGGCAAAUUUUCAGAAAUUCCAAAUUCUGGAUCAUCUCCUUGUUGACCUCAUCCCGAGCAGUCCUUACGAGAAAAAAAUAAGGAGCUUCCACUUUCAGGUCGUAUCCAAAGGAAAAAUUGUUUCCUACGGGACAAAGGAUCGUGCUCCCGAUGUUCAGCUUUUCAAUCUGGACCUUCCCAUCACUGCAGAAAUGAUUCCUUCUGCACGCUUGAUUGUAUACUAUCUCAUCGUUGCAGAAGGCAGAGCUGAACUGGUGGUGGAUUCCGUGUGGUUUAAGGUGGAAGAGAAAUGUAUGAACAAUCAGCGGCUUACGGUGAAGUCAAACUCCAAGCUUUACAAGCCAGGAUCGGAGAUGACUUUAACUAUCAACUCUCGACCCAACUCACUUAUUGCUUUGUCUUCCAUCGACACCGCUAUAUACUCCAUAAGAACAGGAAGCAAGAUAUCGGUGGAACAAGUACUUCUAGAUGCUGAAAGCCUUGACCUUGGAUGUGGUGCUGGAGGGGGCAAGGAUAAUAUUGACGUCUUUGCAAGAGCUGGCCUGACAUUCCUAACCAAUGCUAAUGCCAAAGCUCCACUAGCAACUGAUCUAAAAUGUGACUCGAUUUUGCGCUCAAAGCGAGAUGUGGGCAGCAAAAUAAGGAAAAAAAUUGCUACAUAUGCCAGCCAAGAUGCCCAAAAAUGUUGCUUUGAUGGGAUGAAGGAGUAUCCUGUGAUCCAGUCUUGCGACGAGAGAGCCAGUAGAAUCAAACUAGGAGCACCCUGCAAGGAUAUCUUUCUCGAGUGUUGCAAAUUUGCAGAGGAGCUGCGAACAAGGUCUCAGACAGAGCUGACGUUGGCGAGGCUGAGCUUGAAUAAUGAGUUUCAGCUGGAGCCAGCCCAUAUCCGGAGUUUUUUUCCAGAAAGCUGGAUGUGGGAAGUGCAUGAAGUCUCGGAGAGAUCAAGUAUUAAGACUCUUGUGAAGACUUUACCCGACUCAAUAACUACAUGGGAAAUCCAAGGAGUUGGAAUUUCUGAAACUGGUAUAUGUGUUGCUGACCCAAUAAAAGUCACUGUUUUCGAAAAUGUGAUUCUGAAAGCCAAAAUACCGUAUUCUGUUGUGAGAGGUGAACAGAUACAGCUUAAAGUUGCUGUGUACAAUUACAACCACGGGAAAAUAAGGACUUGCGUGACAAUGAGUACAGAAGAGGGAACAUGCUUGUACAAGGGCUCUGAAACCAGCGUCAAAGGAAGGCAGACUAGUCCGUGUCAAUUGAAAACAAUAGAAGGAUUGUCAGCCAUUCCUUUCACCUUCACCAUUCUCCCACUGGAACUGGGUGUCCACACCGUAAAUUUCACGCUCAAGACAAAACUCUCCAAUAGUGUCGUUUAUGUACAAAAAUUGCGUGUGUUGCCACAGGGUGUUAUAAAAGAGAAACAUUUUCUCCGCGAGUUGGAUCCAUCUAACGUAUAUGGAAGCAUGGUGAGAAGGAUUGAAAUUCCUCUGCAAAUGCCAUUGGAUAUCAUUCCAAACACAAGCCCGGACCACAUAGUGAGCAUAAAAGGUGAUGUAAUUGGUGAAGCUUUAGCCAUAGCUCUCAACCCUGAAGGGGUUCGUAAAUUGACCAACCUGCCAAGUGGCUCUGCCGAAUCAGAGGUAAUGACUGUAGCACCUCUUUUCUUCAUCUAUAACUACUUGGAGAAGACGUCUGGCUGGAGCAAACUGGGCCCGUUGAACACUAGUAUUCAUUUGAACAUGAAAGUAAAAAUGAGACAAGGUAUUACCAGCAUCACGUCCUUCCGAACCAGAAAUAACUAUGCGUACAGCAUGUGGAAGAAUGGCGAAGCCAGCACCUGGUUAACUGCUUUUGUACUAAGAAUUUUUGGUGAAGUCAGUAUGUACAUUAAACUGGAUAAACAGUCUGUGUGCAAUACAAUGAAUUGGCUUAUUGACAAUUGCCAAAACAGCGAUGGAUCAUUCAGGGAGCUUUCCAGUCAUGUCCCACUGCAAAUGCAGAGAUCUCUAAGGGACAAGGCUAAAGAAAGCAAAAUGUAUUUGACUGCUUUUACAAUCAUUGGGAUUCAAAAGACAUCCCACUUCUGUGGUACUGUGAGAAUUGCCGAAGCAGUAAUUAAGGCUAACAACUACCUAUCGGCAAAUUUGGAUGAGGUGGAGAGUACCUUAGUGAUAGCAGUUGUUGCUUACGCUCUGGGACUAAGUGAAGGAGAGACCCCAGAUUCACAUCGAGCUUUUGGAAAACUGAAGAAUGAAGCUUUCGUAAUAGGUCAGCUUCCUUCAUACCGAUUCUGGAAAGAUUCCUCCUCCGAAGAAAAUUCUCCCACUGCACGGUCGAUAGAGACAACUUCAUAUGCUCUCCUGGCUACAUUAUGCUCCACAGAUAAAAAGUACGCGAAUCCUAUUGUGGGAUGGCUGAUUGAGCAGCAGCGAUACGGUGGAGGGUUCCUUUCGAUACAGGACACGGUGAUAGCUCUCGAAGGCCUCACAAAGUACGCCAUCAACAUGAGGCGAGCUAAACUUGACCUGUCAAUUAAUGUAGCUUACAGGAGGUUUGGCAACAUUAAAAUGCUGGAACUGAAUGAAGAAAACCCGUUUGCAAAACCAAUAAAGAUCGAGAAAAACGAUAAUUUAAUCCUGAGCUCGCAUGGCAGAACUGGCAGAGCCAGUGUUAGUGUGAGGACAACGUAUUAUACAACUGGCACAUCCCAAGAAUCGUGUGAUUUCUCUUUGACAAUAGAUCUCUCCCCAGUGGAUUCAAGAAUACUACAGCCAGAUACUAUCGAACUUUAUCUACUGAAAGCUUGUGCAAGAUAUAAUCCCAGACACAGAGAAUCUGAGUGGGAUGCAGUGUCUGGUGUGAUGGAGAUACAUCUAUAUACCGGUUUAAUCCCAGAAGAGGCUGACCUCGAGACACUACUAAAUGGUGUGGAUAACUUGAUUCUCAACUACAGAUUAGUAGAUCAAAGUGUUAUUAUUCAAGUGAAUGAGAUUCCAUCAGAUAGCUUCUGUUGUGUUGGUUUCCACGUUCAAAAAAUUUUGGAAGUUGAUUUGGUGUCACCGGCUCCGUUCACUGUUUACAAUGAUCGACAGCCAAGCAGAAAGUGCACAGUGUUUUACAAACUGCCAGAAAUUAAAAAGGUUUUAAAACACUGCAAUGGAGACGAAUGCAAAUGCAUGCAAGCGGAAUGUAGUCACAUGCUGCCUCCUUUAGAUACAAGUAUGUCCGUCGCUGAGAAGCGAAAAGCUGCCUGCGGUUUGGGGCAACAUUAUGCCUACAAAGUCAGAAUUUUAUCCUCUAAGGAAAUAAUUAAUUUCAUCAAGUACUCUGCCAUUAUUCUACAAAUCUACAUGCAAGUUGAUGAAGUUCAAGAAAACUCCAACAUAACGUUGGUUAUGAUGGAGAGUUGUUCGAAUGUUUUGACCCAAAACAAGGAUUACUUCAUAAUGGGAAAACAAAGUGUACAAUUUAGGUUAAAAAGGUCAUUUAUGUAUGAAUAUCCCUUGGAUUCAUCCAGCUGGAUCGAGCAUUGGCCUUCCAGGGAAGAUUGUCACGAAGAUGCUUGUGAAAGGUUUCUCCAGCAAAUGGAUGAGCUUUCACAGGAUCUUUUUAUAUUUGGUUGUUCAGAGGCCAAGUGAAUGAGUCCAAGUGAAUGAGUCAGGUCAUAUUUAAUCUACAUUUGUUACUUUAUAAAACCAUGCUCACUGUGUACCCAAUAAGCACUAAGGAUGAUUAUCAGAGUAUUAUGUUUGUAACAUUACUCUGUUCAUUUUUAAUAAAUGACGUAAACCAU